GGCCAAUCGGAGGGCUCGAAGGGAAGAAGGGAAGUGACGUACGAAAACAAACGGCAAAGAUGGCGUCAAAUUCACAACGGAUAUCGAGACAAACAUUUGGGACAACAGACUAGAAUCUGUAAGUCUGGACAGAGUAUCCUCUCUGGCCUGACAUUAUGCCAACGGAAAGACCGGCGGCAGUCACCUCGGAGCGGCUCCGGUAUCAUGACCGACCCAGACGGAAGGACAGCGGGCAGUCCAAGCCCUCCCUGCGGGCCUCACACCCCCGAUCAGCGGCGACUGCAGCCAAGUGCUGCGAGGAUGAGAUCAACAGACUGAAGGAGAUCAUCUGUGCUCUGCAGGCUGAGCGUCAGCAACAGCGCUCCAGGGAAGAGGAGGGGGACAAGCUGGGGGUUGAUGGACAGGAACCGCGGGGGCCCGAGGAGCUACGAUGGAGGGUCAACCAGCUGGAGAGAGACAAGCUGGAACUAACCUCCAAACACAAUGAACAGGUAUCCUCUCUCGAGGGCCAGGUGGCCAGGCUGAGGGCAGCAGUGGAGAGAGGAGAGGCACAGAGACAGACUCUUGAGUAUGAUAUGGCUGUAGUCAGGAAGGAGGCUGGAGUAGAGAGAUGUAACCUCCAGGAAAACAUGGCUGCUCUCUGCAGUCAGAAUGAACAACUCAUGGAGCUGCAGGAGAGAGUGUGUGUCCUUCAGAAGGCUCUGGAGAUAACGCGGAUGGCCCGGGAAGAGGACCAGCAUGCAUUGCAACAGGAAGUGGAGGAGCGGGACGGACUGGUGCUGAGCGCUAACACAGAGAAUGAUCAGCUCACCGCUGAGAACAAACACCUACAUUCCCUGCUGCAGGAUCAGGAGGAGACUCUGCAGGAGCUGAAGAGGAGGAUGGGGGAGGUGCAGAGAGAGAGGGAGAGAGACGGGGAGGCACUACGACGUCAGACCAGCGAACUGGGCUACAUCACAGAGAGAGAGGAGAGAAUGAAGAAAGAACUAGAGACCGCCCUACAGAGAGUCAAGACUCUAGAAACCAACAUAGAGUCUGAGAGAGCUGCUCACCUGGAAUCUAAAUUCAACUCUGAGAUCAUACAGCUGCGUAUCCGUGACCUGGAGGCAGCUCUACAGGUGGAGAAGUGUAGCCAGGCUGAAGCCGUGUCCAGUCUGGACAUGGUCAAACAACAGUUCAGAGAGGUGGAGCGAGCCUACGGCAUAGAGAGAGACAGGGCACGGGACUCUACUGGCAGACUGGCACAUCUGGAGAAGGACUACCUGAGUUCUAAGGCAGAGUUGGAGAAGGAGAGAAGAACUGCAUCACAAGUCCGAGACCAACUACAGGAACUACACACGCUACAUACGCACAGCCUGACACAGCUGGACAUGGUAGGAGGAUUGACCAUAACACACACACACUAA